AUGGGGCUGGCGGACAUGGCGCGCGUGGCGCACGUCGUGGCCGAUACCGGCGCCUUCCUCAGCGCCGCCCCGCUGCAGGACAUCGCGCAGAACCUGUACACCGUGCCCGAGGUGCUGGCCGAGAUCCGCGACAGGCCGACGCGCCGCCGCCUGGCCGCGCUGCCCUGCGAGCUGCGCCUCCGCCGCCCGCGGCCCGACAUCCUCCGCCUCGUGACCGACUUCUCCAAGAAGACCGGGGACUACCCCAGCCUCUCGGCCGCCGACCUGCAGGUGCUCGCCCUCACCUGCCAGCUGCAGGCCGAGACCGGCGGCCCCGGCUGCCUCCGCUGGGAGCCCCAGGACAAGGUACGGCUCAGCUCCACCCCGCGGCACCCCGAGGCCCCCCUGCACCUCGCCGGCUUCCACCUGCCCGCCAAGCACAAGCACCCAGGGAAAGGCCAGCGUCAGCCCAGCCCGGAGAGGAGCACGGUCCCCUCUGAGAGCGACGAGUUCAGCUCCUUCCUCUACUGGCGAGCCCCCCUGCCCAGCAUCGAGGAGGAGCUGCAGGAGCUGCUGAAAGCUCAAGCCGUCUCCGUUAGCCCAGAGACCACUGAGGAACACCAGAGCUCUGAGGAUGGGGCCAGUGCUGAGGAAGAGGAGGAGGAGGAGGAGAGUGACGACGAGGGCUGGAUAACACCCAGCAACCUCAAGCAGGUCCAGCAGGACACAGGGCACUGUGACACUGCUCCCGCCGGCGUCCAGGUCGGCUGCGUCACCACUGACUUUGCCAUGCAGAACGUGCUGCUGCAGAUGGGCCUCCACGUGCUGGCAGUGAACGGCAUGCUGAUCCGCCAGGCCAGGAGCUACAUCCUCCGCUGCCACGGCUGCUUCAAGACCACUUCAGACAUGACCAAGGUUUUCUGUCCCCACUGCGGUAACAAGACCCUGAAGAAGGUCGCAGUGAGCGUCAGCGAUGACGGGAGCCUCCACAUGCAUUUCUCCCGCAACCCCAAGGUGCUGAACCCCCGAGGGCUCAGGUACCCGCUGCCGGCCCCGCAAGGAGGGAAGCACGCCAACAACCCUCACCUGGUGGAAGACCAGCGCUUCCCGCAGCAGCGGCUGUCCCGCAAGGCCAGGCAGAAGACCAACGUCUUCGACCCCGACUACAUCGCCGGAGUCUCGCCCUUUGCGGAAAACGACGUCUACAGCCGCGCGGCCAAUCUGCAAAUCCGGGAUGCGGCCCUGGGCGCUGGCCGGAGGCGCCUGAACCCCAACACCGUGACAAAGAAGUUUGUGAAGAGGAGGUGAAGGGCGGGAUGUGGGGAAGGAAGCGAGGGAAGGACCAUCCGCCCGGGCGUUGCGUGUUGCUGCCCGACGGCUCCGGGAGGGUGAGGCCUCUCCCAGCGCCCUUCCGAAGGCAGCUGCCCUGGGCAGGGGCCGGGCCUUUCCUUCCACGCUUCUCUGGUGCCUGAAGAGCAGCCGUGACUGGGGGUGAGAGUCGUGG